UGAAAAAUCACAAUUUUCAUUAUUCAUUUGUUUCUUGUUUGUACAAAAAGACCGGUGUUAUUUCUGUUUUUUUCUGAAAUCUAUACUUAAUUUUUACGUACCGUACCACAACGAAUUCUAUUUUACAUUCCAUAAAUCGACUGACAACAAAUAAUGGCAUCGGCAUUAAGUAUUUCCGGCAGAGCAAGUAUUCAUAGAGAGUCUACUCCGGGGAGUCCCAACUCAUCAAGAAAACUUGCCCAAAAUGAUGACUCCCAGAAUAAUGACUCCCAACAAGAACUUUCUGAUAGUCUUGAUUCAGAUGAUGAAAAUACAACACAAAAUUCUGAAAAACUACUUGUUGAACCAACAAUAAAGAAAGGGCAUUUAAAGAAACGAAUUCAACCGAAAGCUAAUGUUAAUUAUACUCUUGAGUCUGCAUAUUCAAGAGAUGAUGGUCAACCUUCAAGUCUUGUAAAUAAGUCUAAUUUUAUUCUUAUCUUAUUUAUUAUAAUUGUUCCUGUUGCCGUUGGUAUCUAUUUUAACGCUUCUUGGGUAUCAACAAGUGACCAGUCACCAAAAAAAGUUUGUUCUUUCAAAGAAUUGCAAAACAAGUAUCCCAAAGAGGGAGAAUACCUGUGGCAUAAUAUGAAGGUCGUAAACGAACAUAUUCUAAACAAUAGGUGUGAUAAACCUGCAGUUUUUCUUUUCGUACAUCACGACAAGCAAAUUGCUUUAAAAAUUAUAAAAGAUAUUGCUCAAACUUCAUCUCGUUGCUUUGAUUCAUCGCAAAUCAUACAAAAUAUUGACUUUUCAUCGAAAGAAGCAAUAGAAGAUUAUGGUCAUGUUAUUGCAACUUACAAGGAUACUAUCAAGGAGGGAAAUGUUAUUUUAAUUGCCAAUAUCAAUGAGAUUCCUGGUGAAGCGGCAAAAGCUUUACAUGCCAUUUGCGAUACAGUAACACCUUUGGUUAAAAAAGUUAUUAUUUUGCUUUCAUUGACUGCUGAACGAAGAAAUAGCAACGAAAAAAUCAUUGAUACUGCCGAGAAUGCAUUAAGGAAACUUUGGCAAGAUAAAAUUAAGCCAAAUGAGUUGGAUCCCAUAAUUACACGAGUAACUGAUCAAGUUUUAUUACUUCAGAGCACUUAAAAUUAAGAGCCAAAAGAACACAAAAAAAAAAAUUAAUUUAAGUUUGCAUUAUUGAAUAAAUUUUGUAUUGGGAGAAUAAUAUUUUUUUUAAACAAUUUUUUUUCAGUUAAAAGGUAUAACCUUGAUAUGUUUCAUAAAUUUAUCGUUAAUAAAGAAAAAAACAAAUUAACUUA